AUGGACGGCGUUUGGCGGCCACUUGACUCGAACAGCGGCGGCGAUGUGGCGUAUGUCAACGGUGCGCUGCAGCUGAGCUCGACGUCGACGUCGGCGAGCAUGGCGGUGGGUCAGCGGAUCGAGCUCUCGCAGCCGCAGACGGCGCUCUACAUUGCUGUGCGGUUCUCGAGCAACGACGUGAGUGAGGGCUACGUCCCUUACCUCUCGCUCUACAUUGAUGCCGAGCUGGCCUCGGGUGGCUUCCUUUACGGACGCGCGUUCCCGCUCCCGCCCGGCACGACCGCGACGCCCGAGAUGAUUGCCGGCACGCUCAACUUUGGUGAGCCGGUCACUGCCUUCCGCAUCUACUCGAUGAUGCGGUACCGGACUGGGUCUGCCACCUUUGACGAUGUCACGGUCUUCCCCACCACGACCUCGUGUGUUGGCCCGCCGCUGGCGGUUGCCUACGGCGAUCCCCACCUGCGGACCUUUGAUGGCCUCGACUGGUCGUUCCAUGGCCUCGGUGAGUUUGUGCUCUCCAAGACCGAUGUCUUUACUUCGCACAUCCGCAUUGUGCCAGCCGGCGCGGCAACGGUCAACGCCGGUGCCUCGGUGGCGCUCGCCGGCCGCCCGUCGGUGGCGAUCGAACGGGCGAGCGGGAGUGCGUGGCCGACGAUCUCAGUCCGCGCGGGCGACAGCAGCGCGUGGACGGCGGUCUCCACCGCCGACAUUGUCGAUGCCGGCACUCCGCUCAAGGGCCAGCUGGCUGGUGUGCCUGAUGGUGUUCUCAUCACCUUUGCCUGGUCAGGCGAGCUGACGGUGGCGCAUCCGCUGCGUCUCACUGUCUUGUACCCGGGCUCGGGUGGGUACGGUCUCCGGAUGACGGUCCAUGUCUCUGGCUACGAUGUUCAGUAUCUGCAGGUCAUGCCGACGAUCUCGCGGUACAACCGUGGGGCGCUUACGGGUCUGCUGGGCAACGCUGAUGGCUUGCCCGACAAUGACGUGGCGACCGCCGAUGGGGCAAUCGGCACCGCCGACGAUCUCGACUUUGUGUACUCUGCUGCGUUUGCCGACGGCUGGCGUGCGACGUCGGGCGCGCUGCCGGAAGCCGAGAAUCUCGAGUUGAGCGUGCCUUCCCCGAGUGCGCGCGAGCGCCUGGGUCUUGCCGGAUGGGGCGAGGCCGAAGUGGCUGCGGCGCGUGAGCUUUGCGCCGGCUUUGUUAGCCUGCAGUCGCUGGUGGAUGCGUGCGCGCUGGACGUGCUCGCGUCGGGUGACAACACGUUUGCCACUGGCUACCUGUCUGUCAGCGAGCUGGAGACCGGGCAGGAGGCGGCGAUCGACGGCAAGGGCCCGAAUCCGGGUGUGCCGACGAACCCGGCCGCCCAAGGUGGCAGCAACAAGAGCGUCGGCGCCAAGAUUGUGGGCGCGCUCGGAUGGAUUGUGCUUGCGCUAAUUGUGGCGGUUAUCGCCGGCGUUGUCGGCUGUAUCCUCGUCCGCAUGAAGACCAAGCCGAUUGUGAUCGGCGGAGAGAGCGGUCAAGACGCGAUCAAGGCCAAGACCCCGCUGGAUGCCAAGGCUCAAGACGAUGAGAGCCUGGAGGCCGCGGGCUCGCGGUCGGGCUCGUCCGAAGGGGCCGACCAGACAGUGCCGCAGACAACGAGCUCGCAUCGGACAACGCACAGCUCGGCGAGCUCCGACGAGGGAUUGGCUAUCCGCGCCGCGCCUGUGAUCUCCGAGGUCGAGCGUAACGAGGCCCAAGCCAAGCACAAGGCUCAUCUCGAGAAGCGCAAGUCGGUCAUUCUCUCGGGGCUUGAGAAGCACCGGUCCGAGGUUCUAGUGGCGAGCGCCAAUGCCAGGAAGACCACCGAAGCGGCGGCAUCCAAGCCUGCCUCGCGGCCAAUGGUUGCGGUCGACGAUGCGCAGGCCACAGCCGCGCGCGCCGAGGCUGCCAAGCAGGCCGAAGCCCGAGCGAUCGAGAAGGCCGCGCGGCGGGCCAAGAACGAGCAGCGUGCAGCGCGCAAGCGGCAGCACAACCUCAAGAAGGUCGCUGCGCUUACCACCUCGAUGACCGACAUCGAUACUCCCGCAGUGGACGUCUCGGAUGUCCAGCCCGUGGUCGGGCUGGCAGGUCCGUCCGAAGUGGUGCAGGCCGUAACGCCACGGUCUGAUGCCGGCCUCCUCGACGCUGAUGGGACGGACGGCGCUGCAGCCCAGUCAGGUGCCGCUGUUACUACUGGUGAGUACUCGUACUACGAGUACGAUGAGGAGUGGUCGUCAGAACUGUAA